UCCUUUACAGCGGGUUGCUGUGUAUGUUUUGGUGACGUUAGUUGAGGGAGAAAAUUCCCCAUAAGUUUUAGGAGUAAAGCUUAACUCUGCGACCUUUUAUAUACAAUUGGAUAACAUUUGUGUUAGUUUUUAAGUCUUAAUGUGUAACUGACAAUUAUUUUUAAAAAUGCUGCGGGAGGAAGUGAAAAAGCUGAAAGUGACCGAGUUGCGGGCCCUGUUGAAAGAGCGAGGACUUGAAGCAAAGGGCCUGAAGGCCGAGCUGGUUGUUCGGCUAAUCUCAGCGAUUGAAGCUGAGAAUGAACCCGUCAAACGUGGAGAUACUGUGGAAAAUGUUUGUGAAGAGACGAUCAAAGAGCCCCCAGAAGAUUCGUCAGCGUUUCUCUCUGUUGGACAUGAGCCGUGUGUUAGGACGCAGUCACCAGUGUGCGUUAUUUCUUCAAACACCAGCAUGAAAGAUUUUACUGAUCAAAGUACACAGACUGAGCCACAGCAGCUCUGUUCAUGUCGCCUUACCGAUGCUAGUGCCACCGCAGAGCCGCUGACCACGAGGACUUCACAGGCUGGAGAGAAGAGGUUACAGCAGAUUAACGUUGAUCCACAGCGGUCAGUCCUGAGAGAAGCUGAAGAAAAUGCAGUGUCAGGAGGCUCAUUAUCAGCCUUGGGUAUAUCUGAAACACCACAGGAGCAAGAACAGGAGCUCUAUAAUCUAUCAGAUGGACCUGAGACCGUGGACUCCACGCCAGAGGAAAGCAGAGAACCGACGAGAUUUUAUGAGGACAGAGGCAGAGAUUAUUAUGAGUUCAAAGAGGACAUUCAUUACAAUAGAGCGAAGACACCAGAGCCUGUGGAAGAGCAGCCAGAGCCUGUGGAAGAAGCUGAAGUAGAUUUUGUUCGACUGGAUUCCUAUAACUGUGACCUGCAUUUUGAGGUGGACUCUAAUGGAAGCAGUGGUCAGCCGCUCUUCUGGGAGAAAUUCCCUCUUCUGUGGUCAGGAUGUAGGAUGACCCAUGGCUUUUGUCAAGGAAAGGUCGGAUUCGAAGCCAUGUUUUUAAAGCGGCUGUCAGCACCUGCAUUAGACACAAAUAAUCACCCUGAUCUACAUGUGCUAAGAGUGGGCUGGUCUGUGGACAACACGAGUCUUCAGUUAGGAGAGGUGGAGUUGUCUUAUGGUUUUGAUGGACGGGGGAGGAUAGUAACGGGAGGAAAGGAUGAGUCCUUUGGUGAGCCAUUCACAGAAGGAGAUGUCAUUGGCUGUUAUGCACACAUCAAUGAGACGGGAGAAGCAAUACUUUCAUUUCACAAGAAUGGACGUUCUCUUGGAGUGGCGUUUCACCUGAACUCCUCUAUUCUUGGAGGUCAAGCUAUCUAUCCUCACGUUCUCUGCAAAAACUGUUCGGUUUCAGUAAAUCUCGAUCCAGAUAACCCAUGGCAUCCUUUUCCUGCUGGUUUCUGCGCACUGUCCACACUUCCUCCUGGCCAGAGGACUCGCGCACCUUUGCCAGCAGCAUCUAAAAGUGACUGUGAGGUGUUAAUGAUGGUUGGGAUGCCAGGUUCUGGUAAAACCCACUGGGCUCAAGCUCAUAUAUUGCAGAACCCAAGCAAACGAUAUGAUCUGCUGAGUACAAACUCCAUUCUGAACUGCAUGAGGGAGUCCGCUGGAGCCAAUCACAGAGAGCUGAUGCUGCAGCAGGCCACUCAGUGUGUCAGUCAACUCAUCAAAAUAGCUGCAGCCAAGAAGAGGAACUACAUCCUUGAUCAGGCCAAUAUUUAUCCAUCUGCUCAGCGACACAAGAUGCUCUGUUUCCAUGGUUACCAGCGAAAAGCAGUGGUUGUUUUUCCACCCGAUGAGGUGUGGAGGAGCCGCCUCGUACAGCGCCAGAAGCAAGAGGGCAUUGCAGUUCAGGAGACGUCUCUUCUCAAAGCCAAAGUGAGCUUCACAGUGCCCGAGCAGGGACAGCAUCUGGAGGAGGUGAUGUUUGUGGAGCUCAAUUCUGAAGAAGCCCUGAAGCUCUUAACGCAGUACAAAGAGGAAGCACGCAGACUCCUUCCCACACCUCCCAAACGCAAAAAAUACAGACAAGGAUGUCAGAAACGCCUCAUUCAUCACUGUGGACGUAGGGGAGGUCCAUACAGCUGUCGAAAUCACUACAUGUCUCAGAAAGCCCAUGGUUGGAGUUCACCUGCUUUCGGUCAGCCUUACGGAUGCAGCAGUGACCCGCAGAGAUACAGGAAUUAUUAUAGACCAUACACUGGGCAGUGGAGCUUGUGUGAGCUAACCCAGAGCUAUGGCAGCACGUAUCACAGCUCUUCAAGUUAGUUGGAGGACUCUGAUAAACCCAAAAGUUAUGUAGCAAGAAAAACAGCCCAAAUCAGAGCAUGUUUUGUUCUGAUUAGCAGAGGUUCACCUUUACUGAAGUAAUUGGCUCUAUCUGUCAGUAAUUUCAUUAGCAAAGGUCAUUGAUUAUAAUGAGUUAGCCCGAGUGCCUGAAUCCAUUUAGUUUUUAAAGGGUAGGAAAUCAAAAAUGAACAUUCAUUUUCUCAGCCUUGUGUCUGUCUUUUAGGGCGUACUCACACUAUGCUUUCCGAAGCGUACCCAUGCCCGUUUCCCGGAUCGUUUGAGAAGUGUGAGUGCUCUGAAUCGGGCUCAGGCAUGGUUCACUUGGCCGGCCCUGGCCUGGUUGGAAGAGGUGUGCCAGAGUGCGGUUCACUUGGGCUUUGGCGCAGUACGCUUAUAGUGUGAGUGAAAAGCGCACCAGAGCCCGAAACUGGAGACGUGACUUUUACAGGAUUGUUUCGUAUGGAUUUAUUAAUCGUUACUGUUCAAUGAACAAAAACUGUCGUUGAUUAUUAAAGACGCAAACCAGGGGCAUCGCUAGACCCAAUUUACUGGGGCAUGUGUCCCAAUAAAAAUCGCCAGUGCCCCAGUAAAUGCAUUGAGAUAUGAUUUACUUCAUAUGCAAGUGUAUUUAUUAGGAGUGGUAAUUCCCAAAUAAAGACGUUAUUUUCUAUGUUCAACUGAAUCAACGUUGGUGAAAGCAGUGUAAACAAAGCAAACUGACGCCGCUCGCAUGCGCUGCUCUUCUUCCAGUGCGAGUCCCGGUAGUUAACAUGCACUCCAAAAAAACUUGCUGCUCAUGCGUUGUAAAACCGGCAUAACAGCCUUUUUUGUUUUGCAAGUCGACAAAACUAAAGUUUUUAAACAAUAUGUUUGAUAGUGAUCUUACUAAGCCUCCUGAUAGAUUGUUUUUUUUUUUGUUUGAAACAAAAAGACUUAAUAAAGCUAAUUCUCUGCCAUGUGUCAAGUCUAAGACAACAGAUAAUUCUUUAAAACAUAUUUUAUUGUAUUCUAUUGAAUUGUCUAUAGAAUUUCAUUCAAAUGAAAUUAAUAUUCAUGCAAAAGAUUUCUUAGAUGUUAGCAUAUCACUCCAGUUGUGUAUAUAUAUAUUAGUAUAUCUUUUUUGAGGGUUGGGGGAAGGGGGUGCGUGCCUCAGUAGAGCUUUGUCUAGCAACGCCCCUGACGCAAACCCCUCACUGCACGGCAGCUGCACCUUCAGCAAACCUCCUAAUUCCUGCAGCAUGAGGACUUUAUGAUUGUUUAUGAGCUUCAAAAGUCGCUGAUCGGUUCGGCGAAAUAAUUGACUCUGUGUCACCGCAUCCCAAACGACUAAAACAACAAUAAAACUAAGUUAAAGAAAUCUCCACUGUGCUAAGCGAAAGCACUUACUGAACAGCGCAUCAUCAAUGACAUAAGCGUGCUCCGGCCCGAAUUUAAUAUGAGUGCGGGCCAUCGGGGGAGACGGAGAUGGGAGGGGGGACAAACGUGCUUUAGCCCGGUUCAAGCCAACUGUACAUAGUGUGAGUACGCCCUUAGCAACCUGUUAUCUUGGUGAAACACAAAAGCAGAUUGUCCAAGCUCAUCAUAUGUUACUUGACAAGCUCCACAAAGAGCAAAUAUCUACCUAAAAUGUAGUCAACACAAUGAGUUUUCUCAAUGCUUAAUUUUUAUAUAGUUUUAAAGAGUUCGUUCACCCAAAAAUACAAAUUCUGUUAUUAAUUGUGUGGUGUGCGUCACAGCACACAGUGUUCUUAAUGGCGUGCAAUAUACUGACACUGAGGAGGAGUAACACUUGAAUAAAGAGUUAUUUUUGUUAUAAGUGCACAAAAGUAUUAUCGUAGCUGGAAAAUUAUCAGAUGGAACCACUGGGGGUAUAUGUACGAAGACCCAGAAGGAACGUGAUGGUGGGGAAAAAUAUAUGGGUGAAAGAAAAAAAAAUGGGUGGGAGGAAAAAAAAAACCUGAAUGAUAGGAAAAUAUAUUUUUUAAAGUUUUUGCGUUCCCUUGCAAAACUCGUUCCACAAACUGUUUACUUUAUACAUGUCAACCCUCGGGAUUGCCGGGAUCUAUCCCGCUAUCAUCCUAUCGUUAAGUAUUUUCCCAUAUUUCUCCCAUAUGUUUAAUCUUGAAAGCACGUUGAAAUUAAUAUAAAAAUGUCUGCAUUCACUUUCUCUCUAUUUAAAGUUGUGCAUCAUUUGUCGCUCUUUCUAUGCAACCUCUGAAUCAGCGAAUGCAU